AUGUUCCGACCAACGACACGACACAACAUUCCCGCUACACCUGCGCACGGAGAUGUCAAGGUGCACAAGAAGGGAGCGCCUAGUGGGCGGUAUCCCCAUCGGCUGAACUUCUAUACGCAACCCCCGCUCUUGGAUAUUACGCUGGACGAGUUUGAGCUCAGUGCGCUCGCUCGCCUCCGUGUCCUCUCGCACCUCGAGGCGCUGCAGCACCGCAACUUCCCGCCGGCGCAGUUCCAGCAGGCCCUCGCGACGUACACAAAGGAGCACCUGCCGCUAGCGAGCAACACGGCGCGAUCAGCGGACCACGAGGCGGAGCGCCGGCGCGACGAGAUUGGCCAUUGGGUCCUCCGUUUGGCCUUUGCGCGUUCUCCCGAGCUGAGGGCGCGGUUCGUGCGUGCCGAGACGGCGCUGUUCAAGCACCGGUUCGAGGGCGACGAUGCGGCCGAGCGGGCCGCUUUCCUCGCCGAUCUGAGGCUGGACUGGGUCAUGGUCGGGCCGGAGGAGAAGAGCCGGCUGGGCAAGGAGCUCAUGAGCUGUCUGUGGGGCAAGGAGAGGCAGAUGGACCUGAAAGACCUGGAAUGGUUCAAGGUGCCGUGGACGCAGGUGCCGGACCUGAUCGCGACGCGCAAGGUGUACGUCUCUGGCGGCACGGCGUAUGUCCCGCAAAGUCUGCAGAUUGCGCUCGUGCUGCAGGCGUUUGCGAGCCGGCUCGAGGCCGCGCUGGAGCUGACGUCGCGCCACAUCCCGCGGCUGGACGAGGACGACCGCCUCGGCCCCGUCGUUGAGCACCUCGCGAGCAGCUUCAUGGCCGGUCUCGCCGGGUCGGACUACGUCUCUAACGGCGAGGCAGCCGUCACGGCCGAAAUGGUCGACGGGCUGUCUCGCCACUUCCCGCCUUGCAUGCUCAACCUGUACCUGCACCUGAAAUCGGCGCACCACCUGAAGCACUUUGGCCGCCUGCAGCUCGGUCUCUUCCUGAAGGGCGUCGGCCUGCCGCUCGAGGAGGCGCUCAUCUUCUGGCGCCGCGCCUACGCCCCCGCCAUCAGCGACGACAAGUUUAACAAGGAGUACCGGUACAACAUCCGCCACUCGUACGGCCAGGAGGGCAAGCGCGCAAACUACCCGCCCAAGAACUGCCAGCAGAUCCUGACCCAGAACCAGCCCGGAACGCAGGACAACCACGGCUGCCCGUUCCGCCACUUCUCGACAGAUAACCUCACCUCCUUCCUCGUCACCAACUACAAGCUCGACAGGGGCGGGCCCGAGAUGCGCGAGAUCAUGGACUCGGUCAAGAAGAACCACUACCAUGUUGCGUGCACGAGGCUGUUCGAGGUCACGCACGGCGUCAAGAAGGGAGACGGAAUCGGGAACGGGGAGAGCGUCAGCCACCCGAACAAGUACACGGACCGGAGUCGCGAGAUUGAGAAGGAGAAGCUCGAGAAGAUCAAGGGCGAGGACGUCGAGAUGAGCUAG